AUGCGUGUGUUCCUCUUCCAGACGGCCAAGGGCCUCUUCAGCUCUUCUGGCGGCUAUAGAUCGAAUCUGAUGCUGCUGAAAUAUCUCGCUUCGCGGGGACAUGCAGCCGCCCAAUUAUGCUAUGUUUGGGAUGGAGAGGUCGAGAACUACUGUGAUGAGAUGGUAGCGAAUGGAAUGGACCCUGAGCUUGAAUUUGACAAAGUAACCGUGCCAGUGGAUGACGACACCAACGUCGACCUGAGAACGUACUCGUUCAUCGAUGCGGACGGCCUGAGGAACCUUGCAAUCAACCUGGCCGAUUUCCACAAGAUCCUUCCUGACCAAGAGCUGGCAAAAGAUGCAGCUCGAUUCAUAGAAGACGGCCUAGUCAGCACCCGGCUGCAAGUCUUCAUUCUGCUCUUGAAUGGGUACCUGGGGCAAUUCCGCCCAACACAUGUCAUCUUCAACGAUGGUUUGGCCAUGAAAGCAACUUCGAUCAUGCCUUCACUUCGCCACGUCUGCCGGAUAUGCAUCGUACACACUGCUGAGCAACUGCCAUUCGGACCCUAUGCGGGUGGAAUCUCGGGAUCAGCCUACUCGAAGAGCGAACACAAGUUGCUGAUGGGCCUUGAUGGCAUCUGGUCCGUGUCGCAAGCCCUCAAGAACUAUGCGCGUGAAUACGGUCAGCUCAACACCACCUUCCAUGUUCACCAUCCGUGGACCUAUCUCGAUAGCAAGACUCGUGGUCUACCGCUCCGACGGCGGAACUGGGACAAAGACCUCGUGGGUAUCGUGAACCCAUGCCCGGUCAAGGGUAGUUCAAUAUUCCACGCAUUAGCCAAACGGUGUCCACAAUUUAAGUUUGCGGCGUGGUCAAGUUGGGGGAUGGACAACAAGCUAGAGAAGCAACUUCGGGCACUGUCAAACGUUGACCUCCGUCCAAGUAUUCGAGACAUGGAAGAAGCCUGGGCUCAGAUCAAAGUCUUGCUCGUACCCUCUCUUUGGUUCGAGGCCUGGGGAAUCGUGAUUGUUGAAGCACAAUCCAGAGGGAUUCCAGUGAUUGCCUCGGAUGCAGGCGCCAUCCCAGAGGCGAAGCUCGGCAUCCCCCCCAUCAUUCACGUCAACAUGCUGAGCGGCGAGAGGAACGAGGAAGGAUAUGUCGUUCCGGAACAGGACAUUGAACCUUGGGUCGAGGCCCUCAACAAGUUGAUGACGGACAAGGAGUACUAUGAAGAGAUUUCGGAGCGGGCCAGGUCAGAAACCGCCUUGUGGCUGGCAGGACUGGAUGAGACCGCCUUGGAACGGUGGCUGCUCGAGCUCUCGGCUCAAAAGAGAUUAUACGACGGCCCAACUCCGUCCAGCGUCUCAGCGAGAGCAAUCUGCGCGUGA